GCCUUCCAGUCGCUUGUAUCAGGAGCCGGUGUUACUCGCGGUCACUCAGAGCCGCCUUUAUCUUGCUCCACUGCAAGGGGGUGGCACUUGGGAACACCUUAUUUUACCAUACACGCUAUAAAUACACCACCUGGAAUGGGAGCAGGGCUACCGGCCGCAGCGGGACACAGUGACGCACGGAUACCCGGACACCAGCAGCAGCCAGAUCCAGAGAGCCGGCAGUGAGGCUCGACUCUACAGGACAUUGCAAAUCGCCCCUGAGCGUUGCAGCGAGCAAGCCGGGGGGAGGCUUUGGAGAUACAAGGCCUGGCUCCUGGUGGCCCUUGCAAGGAGAUUUGGUGGGGCAGAAGAAAGAACCGGCUGCUGUAUCCGUGCUCCCCAGGCACCCGGUGAUUACUGGCAUUGCACCCCACCCAUCUGCCAACAUGAUGCAGAUCUGCGACUCCUACAGCCAGAAACACUCCCUCUUUAACGCCAUGAACCGCUUCAUCGGGGCCGUCAACAACAUGGACCAGACGGUGAUGGUGCCCAGCCUGCUGCGGGACGUGCCGCUGCUGCUGGAGGAGCUGGACUCGGGGGGCGGCUGCGGGGAAGGGGACCCCCAGUUGUCGCCGGGGGACGCCGGCGCCUUCUUCUCCCGCAGGGACAUGUACAGCCAUUACCUGCUGCUCAAGUCCAUCCGCAACGACAUCGAGUGGGGGGUGCUGCAGCAGGGCGCCGAGGAGGCCAGCCGGAAGAAGGACAAGCUGAGCGGGGACAUUAGCCGGGGCCUCCCGGAGGCCGCGGUGGAGGAGGAAGAUCUGGAGAAGCAAUUCCACUAUCACCUGAGCGGACUCCACACGGUGCUUUCCAAACUCACCCGCAAGGCCAACGUGCUCACCAACAGAUACAAGCAGGAAAUCGGCUUCAGCAACUGGGGGCACUGAGCCAGGGCAGGGCUUGGCGGGGGGGGGGGGUGUC